UUCCCUGUGGGUGGGUUACUUGAAAGAGCAUGUAAACAGAGUGCUACUAAGUUGUUGAUAUUUGUCCCGACUAGGAUUAGCGGGUAACGUGGGUUGGCUGUUUAGGAAGGCAUAGACGGACUUUACCACUUAUUACAUACUCCAUAGUCCUCACGUCUCUGACAGUCUACAGUUAUCAUUCGCUUUGGAUCCAGAGAUAAGAAAAUAUUUUCCAGGUGUUUCGUUCUACCAAUUCUUAACUCGAACCCCCUUGUUGAAAUGACCUACAUGUCGCGGCCUACACCGAUGCUUCCGUCAAUGUCUUCUACAGGCUCAUCUUUUCGCCAGCCAAAUACUCAUCAUGCUGCACCCCAGCAGCAAUCGUCAGCCCUGGCAGCCCGGAUUGCGUCGAAGAAGGCCGAGCUAGAUAAUCUGAAGCAACUUCGUGAUAUGAGUUGUGCACUAGCAAUGCAAAUGCAAGUCUUAGAAGAGAAGAUAGGGACGCUUAAGGAUGGCACAGAAGCUGUUGCAUGCGUUCUUGCUAACUGGGACAAUGUUCUGCGGUCGAUUAGCAUGGCCUCCACAGAAGCUGUAACUGUUCAAAGACCGAUAACGCAAAAUCCAAACACCUUGUCUGAGGAUGAUAAAACAGGUGAUUCUCCCAUGCCUGCGACUCUAGUCCGAAUUCCAGCAGAUCAAGCAGCAAUGGCGGGAGAGUAAUGCGCGGCUUCUGUUAAACCAGCAGUGGUCA